AAUUAAUUGGGUACGGCAAUAGUACUGUAGAUUAUUUAAUAAAUCAGUGUUCUGUUCAUUAAUAAGUGUUUAGCAUUAGCAGUUGGUUUGUUUGGAGUGACAAGGCUUCUUUAAAAAAUAAAUUAUGGACACAUUAAAAAAAAAUUGGUUCUCUGAAUCAUGUGAACUUUGGCCUGGCAGUACAUUCUCGUUUGAAGUGAAGGAAGUACUCCACGAGGAGAGGUCACCGUACCAGUUCAUCCAAGUGUUUGACACCACCAGCUUGGGGAAGGUGCUAGUGCUGGAUGGGAUUAUACAGUGCACACAAAAAGAUGAAUUCUCUUACCAGGAGAUGAUAUCAUUCCUACCACUCUGCUGUCAUCCUAACCCUGAGAAAGUGCUAAUAGUAGGAGGAGGGGAUGGCGGUGUCGCGAGAGAUGUGGCGAAACAUCCACGAGUUAAAGAAAUAGUACAGGUGGAAAUCGACGCAAAAGUUAUCGAAGUAUCGAAAAAGUACCUCCCAUUUAUGGCCGUAGGCUUCGAAAGCAAAAAGCUGACACUGCACGUAGGUGACGGGUUCGAAUUCAUGAAGAACCACAGCCACGAGUUUGAUGUCAUAAUAACUGACAGCAGUGACCCCGUCGGACCGGCUGUCAACCUUUUCCAAGAAAACUACUUUGCCCUUAUGAAAAGUGCCUUAAAACCCAACGGUAUAGUAUGCUCCCAAGCAGGAACAUAUUGGGAUAGCAUGAAUUUAGUUAAAAAUACCCUCAGAUUUUGUAAAAAUCAAUUCCCUGUAGCCGCGUACGCCACUACCUCAGUACCUACGUAUCCUUGCGGGCAAAUCGGUUUCGUUAUCGGCUCACUGGAUAGCAACACCGAUUUGAAAAAUCCGGUAUUGGAAUUCACACUUGACGAAGUGAAGAAUAUGGGCUUAAAGUACUAUAACACAGACGUGCAUAAAGCGGCGUUUUCGUUGCCUGCCUUUGUUCAAUAUGAAAUAGAUUCUUAGAAUAAAUAAUAAGUAUAUUUUUUACAUGGUUUAUAAAGCGGUCUGUGAGCUAACUGCACUUUUAAUACACUAUAGAAACUGCCGAGAAACUUUUAUCUUUGUAUUUUGGCUUUAUAUGACAGAGACAUAAAAUGGACUUAAUUGACUUUGUUAGAAAGUUGAAAUUCCUCCAAAUAGGGUAGUUGACUCAUAUCAAAUUUAAUAUAAACAAUAUUAAUUUCGUGAAGUACAUGGAAUAAGGGUCCGAAAUAUACCGAAAUCAAUUAAUAGUUAAGGGCUUCCUAAAAAAACUUUAAAUAUCACGUAUUUUUUCAAAUUUUUCAAACGUCAAAAUGCUGUUGUCCAUUUUGUGACGUCACUAACACACUUGAUGUACUAAACGUCGAACUAAUUGUUAAUUAAUAUUUUUGUUAAUAUGCAUGGAAUUUAUUAUAGUGACGUCAUGAAACAGUUGAAAUAUUAACUGUCAUGGUCGACAGGCGUUUUGGCUCGUAUUGUCAAAAACAUAUUUAAAAACUCAAAUUAUCAUGUAACCACAUCCCAAAAAUAAUGAAAAAAAAAAUCAGUCUAGUAGAACGAUAAUGAACUAUUUAAGAUCAUUUAAAAAAAAAUGUCAACUAGCCUAUUCUUCUAGCUUCCAGUGAAAUAGAGCGUUUAACAAAAUUUUAGGCAAACCUAAUAGUAUUACUAGCUGACCUGGCAAACGGCCUCCGUGUCGCAGUGGUAUGCGCGGUGGAUUUACUAAACGGAGGUCCUGGGUUCGAUCCCCGGCUGGGCAGAUUGAGAUUUUCUUAAUUUGUCCAGGUCUGGCUGGUGGGAGGCUUCGGCCGUGGCUAGUUACCACCCUACCGGCAAAGACGUACAGCCAAGCGAUUUAGCGUUCCGGUACGAUGCCGUGUAGAAACCGAAAGGGGUGUGGAUUUUCAUCCUCCUCCUAACAAGUUAGUCCGCUUCAAUCUUAGACUGCAUCAUCACUUACCAACAGGUGAGAUUGUAGUCGUAGUUAGUAGAAGGGCUAACUUGUAAAAGAAUAAAAUAAACAAAAAAAACUUUGUUUUGCCAUAGUUCCGCUACACGACAAUUUUAAAUAUCAGAUAUAGUUUAUAUAAUCACUACUAUAAAGACAGUUUGCAGCUUACAGGCCGUUUUUGUAAACCAACCAAUUGAUCUAGUAAAAUUAUAUUUUUACACUUUUAAUAUACAUUCCGAUAUUUUUAUACUAUUUACAUAUGCCUGUACGUGUAUACAAUAUCUUCUCAGUAAAUCUCAGAUCAUAAAUAGUGUGUGCCAUGAUUAAUUUAAAAUUAUGCUUAAUAUACAAAUUCGUCAUUAAUUAAAAUUAUUAUUUUUAACAAUGGAAUUCCACAUGAUAUAAAUAGUUGUCAGCCACUGGUCGGCAUAAGGAAUUUAUACCCUCAUCUGUUAUUUAUUUGGGAUAAGAAAUAUUGAUGAUAGAAAAUAUUCACACACAUUGCAAAUAGGUUGCCUAAUAAAAUUGCGCUCCGUGAGUAUUAUAUGAUUAAACAUAUUGAAUCUUGAAAUAUAUGAAAUCUUUGCUUAAUUAAUAAAAAUUAAACCAUGUAAAGGUUGCCUGCUUUCAAACUGCAACUGUGGGAUUGCCAGAUAUAAACAGUUCAUUAAUGUUUUACAAAUACCAACAUCAGUUAUUUAGUCGUUUAAUAUGUCAAAAGGAAGCUCAUUUUAUGCUUUAUUUCACUGUAUAAAGUUGCCUUAUGGUGUCCUAGAUUUUGUAUGAAAAAUGUGUUUGGCCGCAAUUUAACUAGGCAACCUAUUUGCAAUGUGUCACUGAAUAUUAUAUAUCAUUUAUUUCUUAUCAGUAAUAGAUAACAGAUGAGGGUAUAUAUUUCUAAUGCCGGAUUUUAGACCAUAAUUAUUAUUAAAGCUGUUUACAGUUUUAUUUAUUUAUUGAUACUACUAAAAUAAAUAUUAUACAGUGGAUAGCAAUAUACUGACACUCAAAAGGGUUGGAACUUAAGAGCUGUAAAACUAAAUUUAAAAAAAAAUAUUGAUACUGAACGGUUUUGUGUCAAUUUAUAUUUAAUACACAAAUCUAUAUACCACGGGUAUACUAUAUAAUUAUUUGAGUUAUAGAUCUAUACGCAUUUACGAUAUUUUGUUAUUAAUAUUAUAUUUGUAAAAGGUACUCGCGUACUUAAAUGUGCAUUUAUGUUUUCGUAGUAAUAACAUGCCCCUCCACUCGAAUUUAGGCAUAAGUGUUUUUAAUAAUAAUAUACAAAUUACUAUUUUUAUAAAUUAUCAGACUGAACAACACUCUGUGACUUUAUCGGGUAAUUUGUUAUCUUUCUUUUAUACAUUCCACUAAGAUAUAUUGGUAGCUGAUUUUAUUAAUAUUGACUAGACUGAAAAAGGAAUGCCCAUCUCCGACCCAGGCCAACCCUAAUAGCCCAGCAAUUUACUUAUAUCUAAAAAAAUCU